AUGGACAUGAUGGAUGGCACCGCUCGCCUUUCACGGUCGUCUUCGUCGUCUUCGCGCAAAUCUGGUCUUACCUUGGACCUCUCCAGCUUGCCUCCCCUGACGCAGCCCACGACGCCAUCAAAUACCCUCCUAUUUACCGGCCUCAACAAUACGGAUAUCUUCCGACCGGAUAACCUGGAGCGCAUCCGAGGGCUAAUCGCCAAGACAUCACCAAUCCACGCCUUCGCGCCGCUCAAGUCGUUCCGUCGCAUCGUCAUUUCCUUCUUCGAUAUUGAUUCUUCCAUCGCCGUCCGUCAAGUUUGGGAUGGCGAAGCUAUCCUCGGUGAUCGCUGCAGAGUCUACUUCGGACAGCAGACGAAUAUCGAGGCCAAGGACGAGCAUCUGGCUCUCCCUGAUGCCGGCAAGUUGUUCUUUAUCUCACCGCCACCCAGUCCGCCCCAUGGUUGGGAGGUCCGUCUGGAGGACGCUCCGAACAAAUUGGUGCAUGCCGAGGACUUGGCUGAAGCACUUUCUAAACUGCAAAGCACUCGCCAAGGACCCGAAUCUCCCAUUAGCCCCGUCGACGGACCUGGUGCCGGUGGGCGCACUCGAAGCCGUAGCUCGACCCUCAUCUACCAUCCGGAGGAGAACGGGUGCAGUCCAGACUUGCCUGCUGUUUUUGUCGAGGACAUGACCCAAGAGCCCGAAGCCAUGAGCCCUAUUGACAGUUGUCGACCUAUCAUGGCACAUACCGCUCGUCCCCCGGUUGAGCUGAUGCACGAUGCGUAA